GGAUCCAUUCCGGGGCGGGGGGGGAGGGAAGGCUAGGGAUUACGGACGGGAUUCCCAGAAGGUGGAGGAGGAUCGGGACGCCACGGAACUUGGGACCAACUUCGGUCCCGUUGUCCCGAAGACUGGGGGGGAAGGGAAAUGUGGGAACUAAGUCCAGGGAGGGGUCCGGCCGAAGGUGGGUUCCCUCUCCCCGACGCGGUGGGCCGCUCCGCCUCCUGCCCUUCGCCCCCGCCUACCUGGGAGCGGCGGGACGGGACGGGACGGGACGGGACGGAGCGCAGAGCGGAACGGGAGCGCCUAUGGCUCCGGCGGCGGCGUCCCGUCCGUUGCCGGGCUCCCGAUGGGGCGCACCCCGUCUCGCCCCGGGCUCCCCGGCCCCGCUGCUGGGCCUCCUGCUGCUGCUGCUGACCCCCUGGUGCUCAGCCCCGGCCGAUUCCAUCCAGGUGACCGUGUCGGACCCCUUCCACGUGGUGAUCCUGUUCCAGCCCGUGACGCUGCCCUGCACCUACCAGUUCUCGGGGAACCCCAACGCCCCCAUCGUCACCUGGAAGUUCAAGUCCUUCUGCCGCGACCGCAUCGCUGACGCCUUCUCGCCGGCCAGCGCCGACAGCCAGCUCAACGCCCAGCUGGCCGCGGGGAACCCCGGCUACAAUCCCUACGUGGAGUGUCAGGACGGCGUCCGCACCGUCCGCGUGGUGGCCACCAAGCAGGGCAACUCGGUCACCCUGGGCGACUACUAUCAGGGCCGGCGAGUCACCAUCACCGGCAAUGCCGACCUGGUGUUUGAGCAGACGGCCUGGGGUGACAGCGGGGUCUAUUACUGCUCCGUGGUGUCAGCCCAGGACCUGCAGGGGAACAACGAGGCGUACGCUGAGCUCAUCGUCCUGGGCAGGACGCGGGCGGGCGGGGCCCAGCUCCUUCCCGGGUUUGAGAUAGGGGUCAUGCCAGACUGGUUGUUCGUGGUCGUGGUGGUGCUGGCCGCCCUCCUGGUGAUCAUCCUCCUGGGCGUGUGCUGGUGCCAGUGCUGCCCACACAGCUGCUGCUGCUACGUGCGCUGCCCGUGCUGCCCCCAGCGCUGCUGCUGCCCCGAAGCUCUGUACGCCGCAGGGAAGGCUGCCACCUCUGGGGUCCCCAGCAUUUACGCCCCAAGCGUGUACGCUGCCCCCAGCGCCUACACCCACCUGCCGCCAGCCAGGGCCCCUCCCCCUGCCGCCAUGAUCCCCAUGGGGCCCAUCUACACUGGCUACACCAACAACGUCGACCAGCAGAGCUCCCUGGGCCACGACUCGCAGGUGCCAUUGCUGAGGGACACAGAUAGCAGCGUCGGGUCCGACAUCCGCAGUGGCUACCGGAUCCAGGCCAACCAGGACGACUCUAUGCGUGUUCUCUACUACAUGGAGAAGGAGCUGGCCAACUUUGACCCCGCACGCCCGGGCCUGGCCAACGGGCGUGUGGACAGAGCCAUGAGUGAAGUGACCUCGCUCCACGAAACAGAGAGCCGCCCCCACUCCAGGCCCCGCCCCCUCAGCCCCCUCCGCGACACGGACGAGGACCGGGGCUGGGGGGCCGGGGGCCGGGGCCGGGAGCCAGCGUGGGAACGGGGGGCCGGUCGGCCCCGGGGACGGGCCCACUCGUUGGAUGCCCUGGACGACCUGGACCUCCGCCCCGGUUCCGCCGAGUCGGAGGGCCGGAGGCGUCCGGCCAGGGGCCGGGCCCAGGAGGGAGCCUACGCCCCGCGCAGUCACAGCCGCGACGACCUGCGAUUCAUCCAGGAGGCCGAGCCCCGGGGCGACCGCCCACGACCCCAUCACGACCCCUACUCCUACCAACACCCCCGGGCGCGCUCCCGGGAGCCCCACUACGACGGGCAGCAUCUGGAGGAGGCCCUGAGGAGGAAGGGGGACAGGGACCGGAGGAGGCCGAGGAGGGGGGAGCAGGAGGAAGACGACGAGGUCGAGGACGAGGAUCCUGCCGCCGCCUUCCCCCCUCCUCCUCCCCCGUACUGCGAGACGGAGUCACAGUCGUCCAGGGAACGGAGGCUGAAGACCCUGACGCUGAGUCGAGAGAGUCUCGUGGUGUGAGCCGCGCGAGCGCCGCUGAUUUUUGUCCGUUUUCUAAGUGGGGGGGAGGGAGGGGGGAGACUAUCCUAAUAAAGUUUGCAGACCUGA